AUGAAGAUGACACCUAAAUGUUGGAUACUGGGCCUGUUCCUGCUGAUAAACAGUGGCUUAGAGACUUCUCACAGUUUAGUGGAGGGAUUGGAAUCAAAUUGGAGUUAUGAUUACACUAAAUAUCACCCCAUGGAUGAGAUAUACAGGUGGAUGGAAGAUAUAGAGCAAGAAAACCCAGAGCUGAUCUCCUCUAUUGUCUAUGGGCACACCUACGAAGGAAGAAAUAUCACAUGUCUGAAGCUGGGACUCAAAAGCUCAGAGGGCAGAGAGAAGAAGGUGAUUUGGAUGGACUGCGGCAUCCACGCUCGAGAGUGGAUCGCUCCUGCCUUCUGCCAGUGGUUUGUUAAACAGAUUGUGCACUCAUAUAAAACCAGUAAGAAGCUGGAGCAGAUGCUGCAGAACCUUGACAUCUAUGUUACCCCUGUAAUAAAUGUGGAUGGAUACAUUUUCACCUGGGCCAAUGACAGUACUCGUCUGUGGCGAAAGUCUCGUUCUGUCCCUCCCCAAGGAAGUAACUGUUACGGUGUUGACCUCAACAGAAACUUUAAUGCCAACUGGGGAACUGUAGGGGUGUCAUUUGACAACUGUGCCAACACCUACUGUGGGAAAUCACCGGGGUCAGAGCCAGAGGCUAAAGCUGUGAUGGACUUUGUCGGUGGGAUGGUUAACCGGACCGUAUGUUUCCUCACUAUCCACUCUGCUGGGCAACUUAUUCUCCUGCCAUAUGGCCACCCUGAGAUCUCUGCACCCAACUACAAUGAACUGGUUUCAGUUGGCAAGGCGGCAGCAGCAGAGAUGAAGAAGGUACAUGGGAUGAACUACACUGUCGGAACAUCUCCACAAAUCCUUUAUCCAAACUCAGGUUCAAGUCGGGACUGGGCUCGUCUCAUUGGUAUCCCAUUCUCUUAUACCUUUGAGCUGAGAGACAAAGGUGAGUUCAGCCACUUGCUACCAGAAGAGCAGAUACAGCCGGCCUGUGAGGAGGCGUACACAGGAGCUCUCUCCAUCAUCACCUAUGUCCACGACAAGACUUUCAACAACGGUACUGUCCCUAAUGCUGCUGUCACCACGGUGUUGGGCUUCACCACAGUUUCUGGGGUUGCUGUGAUAAUUUGGAGCACUCUUGUGGCUGCGCUACUCACUGCAGGGGUCUCAGUGUAA